UCGCAAAUUCUUCUUGUGGCCCACCCCUUAAAAGGCGUCGACUUGCAGCGGUUUUCUGCCUUUCUUCGUCAGACCGUCUCUCGUAGUGCCUCAACAUGAUCGGUUCCUCCCUGUUCGUCCUGGUCCUGUGCGUGAGCACAUGGGCACAGCACACGCCCCCUCAUCCUGAUGAUAACAUCGACAUCUACGGCAACUUCGGCAAGGCCUGGGACAAGUUCCGCAAGGUUUACAACAAGACUUACAGCACGAGCCAAGAGACGGUGUAUCGAGAGCAAGUGUUCCGCAGGACCUUCCAUUUUCUCAGGACCGUUGACGAGCAGUUCAAAAACGGCACACGCCUCUUCAGUGUCGGAGUCAACCACUUCGCCGACAUGACGCCGGACGAAGUUGUGGCCAACUACACGGGCUACAAGCCUCCCACCCUACAGCAGCUGGCCGAUGUCCCGCUGUACGCACCGCUGUUCGGUGACACGCCUGACUCGGUCGACUGGAGGGCCAACGGAUUCGUCACGCCCGUCAAGAAUCAGGGGCAGUGCGGCGCCUGCUGGGCAUUCAGCGCAACCGGUGCACUGGAAGGUCAGCUGUUCAAGAGGACCCGCCGGCUGGUGAGCCUCAGCGAGCAGAACCUUAUGGACUGCACGGGACCUCGGUAUGGCACCAACGGCUGCAACGGCGGCCAAAUGGUCGGAGCCUUCCAGUACGUGCAAGACGCCGGAGGAUUGGACACCGAGGCCCGCUAUCCGUACCGGCAGGGAACCAACUUCCAGUGCCAGUUCUCCAACUCUUUCGAGGCACGGCGAGUGUCCGUCACGGGCUAUACUCGGGUGCCACCGAGGAACGAGCGCGUGCUCCAGGACGCCUUGAGCAGGAUUGGCCCCAUCUCGAUUGCCAUCAACGCCAGCCCGCAGACCUUCAUGUUCUACAAGAACGGUGUCUACACUGAACCGAACUGCGAUCCUCGUGGUCUUAAUCACGCCGUGCUGCUGGUCGGAUACGGGCAGGACAGGGGUGUGCCGUACUGGAUUGUCAAGAACAGCUGGGGCACCGGAUGGGGCGAAGCAGGCUACGUCAAGAUCCUGAGGAACCGGAACAUUUGCGGCAUGUCCGAAGACGCUUCUUUUCCAUCCAUUUAAUCAAGUCCUGUUCUCCGAAGUGUAACGUGACAAUGACUGGCUCUGCAAUAAAAACAGACAUGACCAUUA